CAGCCCCCUUGCCUCUGUAUCCUGGAAAGUGUGUGUGGGGGGGUUGGGGAUGAGGAGUGGGAGGCCACAUGUUGGGGGCACUGGGCCAGCAUCCCAUGAGGAACCUGCUCAUCCCUCUGUCCCGACCCUGCCUGCUGGUCCAGCCCACCAGUCCAGCGCCAUCACCAUGGAAACCAGCAGCUGACUUCCUAUUGGUGGACAGGAGGGGAGGGGGAGGAGGAGGGGAGGGUUAGCUCUCCCCUGCUCGCCCCCCUAUUCUGAGGCUCAGCCCUCCUCCGCGCCCACCAUCUCGGGGCUCUGGGACUGUAGGGGACCCCUGCACUCCCCAGAGCUGAAGCCAGCAGGGACAGAGACUAUGAGGCAAGCAGCCCACCGACCCAGGCCUCCUUAGGACCAGCCCGGCCGCCCAGCAAGCUAGCGAGCAGCAGCGGAGAGACGAGCAGGAGAUAAAGGACCACAGAAGACCAUUGGGGAUCACCCCCAGCAGCUCCUGUGGAUCCUAGCCAGGCUGAGGGGUCGUGAUGGAUGGCCAGACUCACAGACGCUGAUGGACAAACAAUGACACUGAUGCACACAGCUGCACAACACUGAGACGCUCCGAUACAACCAGCGACAGCAUCACACACUGCCACAGCCCUGCAAUACAGACACCCCCCCACACACACGGAAACAACUGGUAACUCCAAAACAGGCACAGACAGUGACACACAGAACCACUACCCCCCAACACAUACGACAGGGGGCACCCAUCCUCCAAACACACACAAGACAACGCUGACCUGCAAGACAGACCUGGAGACACGCACAUCUUCACCCAGGCGCUGCUGCUGGUGGCCUCUGCACAUCCUCCCUGCCCCCACAGGGACACCCUUGCUCCUCACACACUCACACACACACACACAGCCACGAGCAAACAUAGCUUGCAUACCCCCAGCUCCAGCUCUGGCAGCCCCGACUCCUGCAGCCUUCUUUGUGGAUAAGGAAGAACUCGGUCAACCUUGGAUGGAGACUCGGUGAAGCCAAAACUCAGAGAAGAAAGGGUCUGGCCUGGCAUGACCCUCGCCAGCCCCUCCACUUGGCUGGGUGAUGUCCCCCGGUCUGAGUCCUGGGGCCCCUUGGCAGUACCAUGGAGCAACUGACAUCCCUCCCACGGCCGGGGGACCCUGGAGCCAUGGAGCCAUGGGCACUGCCCGCCUGGCAGAGCUGGACUCCAGGCCAGGGGAGCGAACCUGGAGGCGCAGCCCCAAGCAUUGCUGAUACUCCAGCAGCUCUGCAGCUUGGAGAACUGGGGCUUAAGGAGAGCUCUGAGCCCGAGGGAGCCAGGAGCCCCCGACUUGUGGGGGGCAUUGACCCUGAAGGAACAGAAACUGAGCUGCCCAGCCUGGGGCAGCAAGCAGCAAGCUCCGUACCCAGCUGCCCGAUGCUGGAGGAUGAGGAGGCGGAGGUUUUUCCUGAGGGCAAGCUGAACAUGGGCUUCGGGGACGGACCCAAUCUGGAGCUGCUGAGGGCCCUGGGGGAGCUGCAGCAGCGCUGUGCCAUCCUUAAGGAGGAAAACCAAAUGCUGAGGAAGAGCAGCUUCCCUGAGACGGAGGAGAAGGUGCGGAGGCUGAAGCGGAAGAACGCGGAGCUGGCGGUCAUUGCCAAGCGCCUGGAGGAGAGGGCCCGGAAACUGCAGGAGACUAACCUUAGGGUGGUGAGUGCCCCCGUGCCCCGUCCAGGGGCCAGCCUGGAGUUGUGCCGGAAGGCCCUGGCCCGCCAACGAGCCCAGGACCUCAGUGAGACAGCCAGCGUCCUGCUGGCCAAGGACAAGCAGAUUGCUGCCUUGCAGCGAGAGUGCAGGGAGCUGCAGGCCAGGCUCACCCUGGUCGGCAAGGAGGGCCCCCAGUGGCUCCACGUGCGGGACUUCGACCGGCUGCUGCGCGAGUCCCAGCGGGAGGUGCUGCGGCUGCAGAGGCAGAUCGCUCUGCGCAACCAGCAGGAGCCGCCCCCACCGCCCCGGCCCCCGGGCCCUGCUGCCCCGGCCAGAGCAGGGGCGCCCGCCCCCGGGGCCCCGGGAGAGGCCACACUCCAGGAAGAUGUGGAAAGCCCACCCGUGGUCCUAGGGGAGCCAGAGAAACAGCAGAGGGUGCAGCAGCUGGAGUCAGAACUCAGCAAGAAGCGGAAGAAAUGCGAAAGCCUGGAGCAGGAAGCCCGGAAAAAGCAGAGGCGAUGUGAGGAGCUGGAACUGCAGCUGAGAGAAGCCCAGAAUGAGAAUGCCCGCCUGGUGGAGGAGAACUCUCGGCUCAGUGGGAGAGCCACAGAGAAGGAGCAGGUGGAGUGGGAGAAUGCGGAGCUGAGGGGCCAGCUCCUGGGGGUGACACAAGAGAGGGACUCAGCCCUUCGCAAGAGCCAGGGUCUGCAGAGCAAGCUGGAGAGCCUGGAGCAGGUGCUGAAGCACAUGCGGGAGGUGGCCCAGCGGCGGCAGCAGCUGGAGGUCGAGUAUGAGCAGGCUCGGCUCAGCCUGCAGGAGAAGCAGCAGGAGGUCCAGAGGCUGCAGCAGGCCCAGGCGGAAGCUAAGAGGGAACAUGAAGGCGCCGUGCAGCUGCUGGAGUCCACCCUGGAUUCCAUGCAGGUCCGGGUUCGAGAGCUCGAGGAGCAGUGCCGCAGCCAAACUGAGCGCUUCAGCCUCCUGGCGCAGGAGCUCCAGGCCUUCCGCCUGCACCCUGGCCCCUUGGAUCUGCUCACCUCUGCCCUGGGCUGCAGUACCCUUGGGGACCGUCCACCACCCCCCUGCUGCUGCUCUACCCCCCAGCCCUGCAGGGGGUCUGGCCCCAAAGGAAACCUGGCUGUGGAGGGCCUGGCUCCCUAUCCAAGAGGCUCCACCCUCAGUCCCUGGUCCCUCUUCAGGCCACAGACCGCAGGCCCACAUGCCUUCUUCUCUUUAGACCUUGACCUCCCACCGGGCUCCCCAGGGCGCUGCAGCCAAAAGUCUUCCGAGCCUGCCUCUGCCACGCUUGCUGGGGUCCCUCGAAGGACCGCCAAGAAGGCAGAGUCUCUCUCCAACUCCUCUCGCUCUGAGUCCAUCCACAACAGCCCCAAGUCUUGCCCUACGCCUGAGGUGGACACAGCCAGUGAGGUGGAGGAGCUGGAGGCAGACAGUGUGUCCCUGCUCCCAGCAGCGCCGGAGGGCAGCCGGGGAGGAGCCAGGAUCCAGGUCUUCCUAGCGCGCUACAGCUACAACCCCUUCGAGGGCCCCAACGAGAAUCCAGAGGCAGAGCUGCCGCUUACUGCUGGCGAAUAUAUCUACAUCUAUGGCAACAUGGAUGAGGAUGGCUUUUUUGAAGGGGAGCUUAUGGAUGGCCGAAGGGGCCUGGUCCCUUCCAAUUUUGUAGAGCGUGUGUCCGACGACGACCUCCUGACCUCCCUCCCUCCGGAGCUGGCCGAUUUAUCCCACAGUUCAGGCCCUGAACUCAGUUUCCUGAGCGGAGGUGGGGGUGGCAGCAGUAGUGGGGGCCAGAGCAGCGGGGGACGCAGCCAGCCCAGAGCAGAGGAGGAGGCUGCAGGGGACGAGCUUAGUCUGAGCCCCUUGCCUGAGGGUCUGGGUGAGCCUCCUGCUGUGCCUUACCCCCGCCAUCUGGCAAUCCUCAAGCAGCUGGCCCACAGUGUGGUGCUGGCCUGGGAGCCACCUCCUGAGCAAGUGGAGCUACACGGCUACCAUAUCUGCGUGAAUGGGGAGCUGCGUCAGGCCCUGGGGCCUGGGGUGCCCCCCAAGGCUGUGCUUGAGGACCUGGACCUGCGGGCUGGGGCCCUCCGUGUUUCUGUACAGUCCCUGACCAGUCGGGGCAGCUCCGACCCUCUGCGCUGCUGCUUGGUGGUGGGUGCCCAGGCCCGAGUGGUACCUACUCAGCUGCGGGUCCAUCGACUGACAGCCACAUCUGCUGAGAUUACCUGGGUUCCCAGCAAUAGCAACUUGGCCCAUGCCAUCUACCUCAAUGGGGAAGAGUGCCCCCCUGCCUGCCCCAGCACCUACUGGGCCACUUUCUGCCACCUGCGGCCUGGUACACUCUAUCAGGCACGAGUGGAAGCUCAGCUCCCACCUCGAGGAUCCUGGGAACCAGGCUGGGAGCGGCCGGAGCAGCGGGCUGCCACACUGCAGUUCACCACACUGCCCGCAGGCCCACCUGAUGCCCCCCUGGAUGUGCAGAUUGAGCCGGGGCCCUCACCUGGAAUCUUGAUCAUCAGCUGGCUCCCAGUAACAAUUGAUGCUGCUGGCACCUCCAAUGGCGUCCGUGUCACAGGCUAUGCCGUUUAUGCUGAUGGGCAGAAGAUCAUGGAGGUGGCCUCGCCCACAGCAGGCAGUGUGCUGGUGGAGUUGUCCCAGCUGCAGCUGCUGCAGGUGUGCAGUGAGGUGGCUGUACGUACCAUGUCACCCCAUGGCGAGUCAGCCGACUCCAUUCCAGCUCCUGUCGCCCCAGCCCUGGCUGUGGCCUGCCUGCCAGCCAGGGUCUUCUGCCCCUCACCACGACCAGGCUCGGAGGCCAGACCACCCCUUGCUCCAGCUUCUCCAGGGCCUGGAGACCCCAGCUCUCCCCUCCGGUGCCCUGACCCCCAUGGAACUCGAGAGCCCCCUGGGGGCCCCCCAGCAAGCCCUCCCAGAGAGACACCAAAAGGAUCCCAAGAGGAGCUCCCAGCACCUUGCUCCCAGGAGGAGGUUGGGGCAGCUGUGCUGGGUGCCUCAGAGGACAGGAGGGCCAGUGGGCCAACCGUGAGGGAGACCGUUCCUGGCCCUGCAGCGUCCUCACUCGCCAAGGAGGAGGCCGAGUGGACUGCAGGAGAGGCCUGCCCAGCACCCUGCUCUACGCAGGAAGCCCUGGCCCAGAGGGUGCCCAGUGCUGAGGCCUGCUGCGGAGGAGACACAGCGUCUGGGCUGAGGCCCAGGGCUGAGAGGGAGGACACGGCGGAGCUCGGGGUCCGUCUGGUGAACUCCCUUGUGGACCAUGGCCGCAACUCAGAUCUAUCAGACAUCCAAGAGGAGGAGGAAGAGGAGGAAGAGGAUGAGGAGCUGGGUUCCAGGACUUGCUCUUUCCAGAAGCAGGUUGCUGGCAGCUGCAUUAGGGAGAAUGGGGCCAAGCCCCAGCCCGACCCCAUCUGGGAGACUGACAGCGACGAGGAGGUCUUGGAGCAGAUCCUGGAGCUGCCCCUCCAGCAGUUCUGCAGCAAGAAGCUCUUUAGCAUCCCUGAGGAGGAGGAGGAAGAGGAUGAGGAGGAUGAGGAGGACAAAGAGAGGCCAGGGGCUGGCUGUUCUUCCCGAGACCCUGGCCUUCCUGAGCCUGCAGUGCUGGGGCUGGGCUGUGACAGCAGUCUGCCCCGAGGACCUGGCCCGUGUCCGUUGUCUCCUGAGCCCUCCAGGGCUGGGGACCGCCUGGAGGACAUGCCCGGACUAGUUGGUGGAAACAGCUGGAAGAGAGGAAAUGGCUCCCCCGAGAAGCCCCCAAACCGCAGGCGGUCCCCAGAUCCCCGUGAACACUGCAGCCGACUUCUCAGCAACUGCGGGCCCCAGGCCUCUGGACGACCAGGCCCCACACGGGAGAGGGGGGCCCCCGUUGUGGGCGAGGGUGCCAAGGGUGGACCAGAGGCUGGUGGGAGAGGGCGGCCGGCCCCUUCCCGGAGGUGCCCCCGGGGCCGGGCCCCAGAAUCUGGCCUGGCCAGCUGCCUUUCUCCCAAAUGCUUGGAAAUCAGCAUCGAAUAUGAUUCUGAGGAUGAACAGGAGGCGGGCGGCGGGGGCGUCAGCAUCACCAGCUCCUGCUACCUCGGAGAUGGGGAAGCCUGGGGCACAGCACCUAUAGGAAGGCCCAGGGGGCCUCUGAAGGCCAAUUCAGGCCUCAACCCCUACCCACGCCUCCUGGCCUGGGAGAAAGGGGAGCCAGAACGGAGAGGCCGCAGUGCGACUGGCAGAGCCAAGGAGCAACCCUCCCGGGCAGCAGAGUCGGGGGAGCCCAGAGGGCAGAGGGGCCCCCCACGGAAAGGGGGCCGGGCCCCCAGGCCCACCGAGCUGGCCCCUCCGAGGAGUCCCCCAGAAGUGCUGGCUUACCAGGACCUACCUGUCAGGGUCUUUGUGGCCCUGUUUGACUAUGACCCUGUGUCAAUGUCACCCAACCCUGAUGCUGGGGAAGAGGAGCUCCCCUUCCGGGAGGGCCAGAUCCUGAAGGUGUUUGGGGACAAGGAUGCCGAUGGCUUCUACCGGGGUGAAGGUGGGGGCCGGACAGGCUACAUCCCCUGCAACAUGGUGGCUGAGGUAGCUGUGGACAGUCUUGUGGGGAGACAACAGUUGUUCCAGCGGGGUUAUUUGUCCCCAGAUGUUCUCACUGAGGGCUCAGGGCAUUGUCCCUUUGUGUACUCCACAGCCCGCACAGCUGGGCCUCCUCCCAAGCCCCGCCGCUCCAAGAAAACUGAGUCAGAAGGCCCUGCCCAGCCCAGUGCAGGCUUCCCCCAGCCGGUCUCCUCUGCCAGCCUGAAAGCUCCCCGCUCCAUGGUGGCUGCAUUUGACUACAAUCCCCAGGAGAGCUCCCCCAACAUGGAUGUGGAGGCAGAGCUACCCUUCCGGGCAGGGGACGUCAUUACUGUGUUCGGGGGCAUGGACGAUGAUGGUUUCUACUAUGGCGAGCUGAAUGGACAGAGGGGCCUGGUUCCAUCCAACUUCCUGGAGGGCCCUGGGCCUGAGGCGGGCAGCUCAGACAGGGAGCCUGGGACACCCCAGGCUGAGAGUCAGGACCGGGCCAGCUCAACACAAGGACCCCCAGAGCCCCCAGGCUGGCCCUGUGCCCCUGGCUCUGGCAGCUUCCCCAGGAUUGGACUUGGGGGGCCUCAGGGCACAAGAGAGAAGGUGCGGGGUCUCCUCUCCAAGGGGAAGCAGCUCUUCAGGAAACUGGGCUCUGGGAAGAAGGAGUGAUGCUGAGGCCCAUCCUGCAGGCAGACGUGGUCCCCUGGGGCCCCCAGAUCACCGUCCCGGCUGGGUGGGGAAGACCAUGGACUCCGGUUUUCCUGAGUUAACACUGUGGCACUUGGAUGGGAAUCAGAAACUUGGCGAAGGUCAGAGCUAGAUGCGUCCUUAAGGAUGAGUCUUCUGGAAGGGCACCUUCCUCUUACAGGAGGGGAAACUGAGACCCAGAGUGAGGGAGUAACGUGGCCAAGGUGGCUGAGCACCUCAGUCACAGAGCCACGACUGGACCCAGGACUCUUGACUCCUAGGCCACCCACCUAGGCCUUGGUUCCCACCACGCUAUGCUAGUCCCUUCUGUGGCCCUUUCCCAGGAUGGGGGCCCCCUGGGGGGAGAGAGGGGCCUGUCCCCUCUGAUGGCACUGACUAUCCUGAUCAUGUCUUCCCUCCCUUGAAGGAAAGUUUGCACUGGAUUCUCCUGAGCUCCACCUCCCAUGGGGCAGGGGGGGCGGAGCCGUGUAUAUAUGUACAUACUCAGUGCCUCAGUCCAGCUUCCUCCAUCUCGCUUCCACUGCACAGGCCCGGGAAGGAGAAAGGCCAUGCCAAAGCGGGCCUAACCCCGCCCCCAUAGUGCUCCACCCCUCCUGCCAGCCUGGUCUCCUGGCCCCUGUGUGUUCCCCGCCCCCAAAGACCCAGGGGGCCAGUGGGCAGAAAGCAGGAGUAGGGUUUGCCUUAUUUUGCUCAUCGGAUUCAAUUUCUCUUUUGCAUUGUUUUCCUCUGGCCCCUGUCUGAGUCUGGGGCUGGGGAAAAGGACAGAUUUAUGCACCUGUUGUCAUACCUUCCCUGUUCAGAGUGGGGGAGGGGGCUAGCCACUCUACCCUACCCACCCUUCCCCUGCCCUCGGCUGGGUGAGUGUCUCUGCAUGUUCCCUUCGCUGUGGUGGGAGGCUGUUUCACUGAAGCCCCACCCCCACCUUGGUCUCCAUGGGUGUGGAAUGGUGGGGGCAUUUGUUUAAAAAGACAUUUUAUUAUAAUAAAGUCUAUUUUCACAAAACC